GGUACAGUGGGAGACAAGAGCGAGGGGAGCCAGAGGCGCGGAGAGUUUGGCAGCGAGACCCAGAAAUCCUCCGAGCGCGGCGGACCCAGCGGCCGGAGGGGCGACCCCACCCGAUGUAACGCGCCUCGCCCGAACCCCGGCUCCUGCACGGCGGGGGUGAUGUGAGCAGAGCCCAGGAAUGCCUUAUGUGGAUCGGCAGAACCGAAUCUGUGGGUUUCUGGACAUCGAGGAGCAUGAGAACAGUGGCAAGUUUCUGCGGAGGUACUUCAUUCUGGACACCCAGGCCAACUGCCUCCUCUGGUACAUGGACAACCCCCAGAAUCUGGCAGUCGGGGCAGGAGCUGUCGGAGCUUUGCAGCUGACCUACAUCUCGAAGGUGAGCAUAGCUACCCCAAAGCAGAAACCCAAAACUCCAUUUUGCUUUGUUAUCAAUGCCCUAUCUCAGAGAUAUUUCCUUCAAGCCAAUGACCAGAAAGAUCUGAAGGACUGGGUUGAAGCCUUGAACCAAGCCAGCAAGAUCACCGUACCCAAAGGCGGGGGCCUGCCUGUGACUACAGAAGUUCUCAAGAGCUUAGCAGCUCCUCCAGCCCUGGAGAAGAAGCCACAGGUGGCCUACAAGACAGAGAUCAUCGGAGGGGUGGUGGUCCACACACCCAUCAGCCAGAACGGUGGGGAUGGGCAGGAAGGGAGUGAGCCUGGGUCCCACGCCAUCCUUCGAAGGUCUCAGAGUUACAUCCCCACGUCAGGCUGCCGUGCUUCCACCGGGCCUCCCCUCAUUAAGAGUGGUUACUGCGUGAAGCAAGGGAACGUGCGGAAGAGCUGGAAACGUCGCUUCUUUGCACUUGAUGAUUUUACCAUCUGCUACUUCAAGUGUGAACAGGACCGAGAACCACUGCGUACUAUAUUUCUUAAGGAUGUUCUCAAGACCCAUGAAUGUCUGGUCAAGUCUGGUGAUCUCUUAAUGAGGGACAACCUGUUUGAAAUAAUAACAAGCUCCAGGACCUUCUACGUGCAGGCGGACAGUCCAGAAGACAUGCACAGCUGGAUUAAGGAGAUCGGGGCAGCUGUCCAGGCCCUCAAGUGCCACCCCAGGGAAAUGUCCUUUUCUAGAUCCAUUUCUUUGACCCGACCUGGAAGCUCCAGCCUUUCAAGUGGCCCCAACUCUAUCCUGUGCAGGGGGCGGCCACCUGUGGAGGAGAAGAAAGUCCUCUGCAAAGCCCCCUCUGUGGCCUCCUCCUGGCAGCCCUGGACACCUGUCCCCCAGGCUGGGGAGAAGCUACUUCCAGCCGAAGAGACUUCAGAGGACUCUUUGUUCAUGCCUCGUCCUGGGGACGGCAGUGCUGCUGGGGUGCUGCCCAGCUCCCGGCUAAGGCACAGAUCAGAGCCCCAGCACCCCAAGGAAAAGCCAUUUCUGUUCAACCUUGAUGAUGAAAACAUACGGACCUCUGAUGUGUGAUGGAGCACAGUGUUGUGGGAGGGAGGGAGGGAGGACUUGAGAGAAGGAGGCUGUGACUCAGUUUCUCUACCUUGUUGGAGGGUAGUCAGAGGCCUUUAUGUGAUUCAUAUUCCUGUGGAUGCUCUUUGGGAGGGAGAGGCCCAUCCAGCUGGGUGUGUGUGUGUGUGUGUGUGUGUGUGUGUGUGUGUUUAAUAUCAAUGCAGUGUAUUUAAUUUGAGGAAGUCAUUAUGUUAGACCUGCAGGCAUACUCAGUGAAGAGCAGGCUACUUAUUCUAAUUAUUCUGAGGCCUUCCUGGGGAGGGGUUAUUUUAGCAGCUCCUCUCCAGAGAGGGCUGGAAGUCCAGUUUCACCAUUGACCAAGUUUUAUUUCCUUGUCCUUAUUUUAGUUUCUUCAUUUUGUUUCCAGUCCAGGUGCUUCGCAGCUCUUUUGGAAUGGGCCAGCAUUAGUCUAAUUUUAAAUGCUGUGUGUUUUGUACCCUCGCAGACUUGCUUUCUCUUACUUCUUGCUGUUGUCCUUGGAAUGAAGCCUUGUGUUCUUGCAUGAUCAGACCCUGUAAUAUAGGCUGAGUUUCCACGCACUUAACAUGAAUAGAUACAAAGAGAAUCUAGAGAGAGAGAUUUUUAAAGAAACUUGGCAUAGAAACAUUGAUUUAGAGGUUAUGAGUUGCUUGCCAGAGAUUCCUCCAAUAGAAGAGCAUAGAAAAUUGAGUGUUGACCGGGCAUGGUGGCUCACUCCUGUAAUACCAGCACUUUGGGAGGCUGAGGAAGGUGGAUUACCUGAGGUCAGGAGUUCGAGACCAGCCUGGCCAACAUGGUGAAACCCCCGUCUCUACUAAAAAAAAAAAUGCAAAAUUAGCCAGGCACAGUGGUGCAUGCCUGUAAUCCUAGCUACUCAGGAGGCUGAGGCAGGAGAUACACUUGAACCCAGGACGUGGAGGUUGCAGUGAGCUGAGGUCCAACUCCAGCCUGGGCAACAAGAGCAAAACUCCAUCUCAAAAAAUAAAAGAAAAUUCAAUGUCCCACCCAAAUUUUAGGGCAUAAGUCCUUCCAUUUGACAAGAUACUAUUUCCAGUGUCCCUGGGAGAAUUCUUCCAUCCAGUUUAUAUGGUGAAUUGCUGCCAGCAUUUCCUAAAGGAAGAGAGAAUUUAUCUUAUUUCUCUCUGUAACUUUCAUCAGCUAGAUCAAUUAAUUGUAUUUUUAAAUUAAAAAUUAGUUUAAGGAAACCAUUUUUAUCUGAAUAAAUUGCUCUCCUUGUGUCCAAAUCUAAUGCCAAGGUGAAAACACUCGGGGAGAACAUCCAUAGUGGAUUGAGGGGAAUCAUGUUUCUUUCAGGCUUUGCAAUUUCCCUGAAGUCUGUGUCACACUGAGAACUUUUUCUGACUACUUUUAUACCAGGACAACUAGGCUAAACUCAAUUUAAAUGAAUAGCUUUAACUAGGCUACAGAGUUUAGCUAGUUGUUCUGGUAUAAAGCAGGAAAUCUACAUCGUUCCUUCCUUCUCUCCCUUCCAUCCCUUCCCGUGCCUUUCUGUACAUGGUGUUGUGCUUUUGCCCUCCGAAAUUCUUGGUUUGGGAGUUACGUAUUUAUGAGUGAUUGAGGUUACAGCAUACUUGGAGUAGCAUGAUUUCAAGAAGCCAUUCCAAAUUCUUAUAGCUCCUUAGCUCUGGUUUUACCCUCACAUUUUCCCCAAGGAAAUUCUUUAGCUAGUCAAAGAAAGCACGAAAUAUGUGAUGUGGAACUAAUGAAAAUAGGAACUUUUGAGAUCUCUUUAAAUAUUCCCUGACUCACGGAAAAAAAUGUUCUCUUUUGAUGUUUACAUUGUUAAAAUCUAUCCAUUUAUCUCUCUAAGUAAAUUAUCUGAUAGAUUACUAUUGCUAAAGUAAUUGGCCAUUAUAAUAUGGAGAAUGUGUUAAACAUACUUAGGAUCCAUAUGGUAUUAUCUUGAUAAAGGGAAAUGAGGACGCUAAUUGGCAAACACUUGGGAAUUCCAAGUUGGAGCAUUGCUUGUUUAUAUAUAUAUAUAUAUAUAUAUAUNUAAUUUUUAAGAGACAGGGUCUCACUCUGUCACCCAGGCUAGAGUGCAGUCGUGUGAUUACAGUUCAUCAUAUCUUUGAAAUCCUGGGCUUAAGCAAUCCUCCCAUAUUAGCUUCCCAAGUAGCUGCGACUACAGGGUUGUGCUACCAUGCCUGGCUAAUUUUUAAUUAUUAUUAUUUUUUAUGUACAGGGCCUAGCUAUGUUGCCCAGGCUGAUCUCAAAACUCCUGGGCUCAAGUGAUCCUCCUGCCUUGGCCUCCUAAAGUACAGGGAUUACAGGUGUGAGCUACUGUGCCCAGCCAGAACAUUGUUAAUGUAGUUCAAUAUCAGAUAAAUUAUUAUUAUCAAUGAAACAAACUCUAAAGGCAUUCUCAUUCUGAAACGGUAUUUCAAACUUCCUAUUUUGUCAGUAUUUCUUACCUUCUGGCCAAUUUUAAACCAUAAUCUUUUAAUGUGAACCAAAGAUGGUACGUAUUUGACCAGUGUAGUUAGUUUUAAAUGUAUACAAUUGAACCAAAUGGAAAAAAUAGGGUGGAGACAAGAGUGUAGGUUAGUGACUAAGUGUAUAGGCUCUGGAAUAAAUCUGAGUUUUUUUUUUUAAAGAGCUAAAAAAUGUGCUGCAUUUUCUUUGUGGAAUAAAAACCUCACCUGAGCUGUGCUCUUUUCAUAAGGCUUUUGAAGUGGUCUUGACCCACUGUGUAUAACAGUAUUCCAGGUGGUCUUCCUUAUGGCUGAAUAAUGCCAUCCAUUAAUCUUUAAUUUUUAUUUUUAGAAACAGUGUUUCACUCUGUCACCAGGCUGGAGUGCAGUAGCCUGAUCAUGGCUCACUGCAGUCUGGACCUCCUGGGCUCAAGUGAUUCCUUCCUCAUAGCCUCCCAAAGUACUCAAAUUAUAGGUGUGAGCCACCACACCUGUUUUUUUUUUUUAUAGGUGUGAGCCAUCAUUCAUUAUUUUUGAAAGCUUCUAUUGACUUGCAUAUUCAGGGUCAGCUGAUGGUUUGCAAAAAUAAUUUGGCCCUCAGUGUUAAGUGAGACGUCAUUAGAGUAUUGAGGUGUACCUUAUAGAGAUUGACCUCAGGUCAGAAUAUUGGAGUCAUACAUCUAUUUCUGAGUCGAAUUCUCAGCUCCCAAGAGAAAGAAAGUAGUUUUAAGGUCCAGCUUUUUAGUUUAUUUGAAGCGAAAGUUUUUUUCUUUUCCAUUUCCGAAUAUAAAUAUACUCAUAUAAGCUAAAAGGACCCCAUGAAUAAAUAGCAGCUUUAGUAGUUGAGGAGUGGAAUUUAGUAGGUUUGUUUUCCGUAUAAAUCAGAUGACGUAUGUGGAGGUCACAGCAUUUUGGAAAUUGAGUGUCCCAAGUGAACUUUGUUUAUAAACUUCCGACAAGUUGGAAGCGGACAGGUUUGUUAAAUCUUGUCUGCCAGCACCCGUUUCUUCCUUUGUUCCUUUUCCUCUCCGUGUUAUUGCCUGCGACAGCCAGUCCUUCAUGCUAGAGUUCAGAUAAAGCACAUGUUUGGCAAAAACAUACUGUUUGACCUCCUCCCCCUCUGCUUAUGAAGGGGUAGCAUGAUUCUGUGUUUUAAAGCAGUGAUGUUUCAGCUGUGAAAUGCACUAGCUGUAAGCACUAGGCUGGGUGCAUGGAAACUGUUACGCUUCUCAUUUUAUGUGAUCUCCUAAUUGGUAUGUAGCAAAAAUUUUCUAAAACUGUUUUGUGGCUUGUUUUGUAAUAAAACCAUGGGAAAUACUGAAA